GGAGAUUUAGAAGAGAUGGUUCAAAUCAAUUACAUGGUCGACAUUGAAUAUUUAAUUUCUCAAUUGCCGCAAUUGAAACGACAUUCGUUACAUACUACCAUUGUUCACGAUCUACAUGAUGAAAACCGUGGCACUACUUUAUCGGAACAUAAAGAUGAUGUCUGUGGGCAUGCCUAUAACUUACGUAACAAAUCGCAGGGUAUAUAUAUGACACCUAUAUUAUCUAGAAAACGUAACGACUCUUCAUCAUGUGAAUUCAAAACGGACCUUCAAAAUUAUUUUAAAAGUUACAGUAAUAACACCAUGAAGAAAUACGAUGAAAGAUUAAAGAAUUAUGAUUUUUCAUCUGUAAAGGCAGUUUUAAUAGCAUCUGUUCCAGGUUACCACACAAAGGAUAGUCUUUUGAAAUAG